UAGGCCCCGGAGACUGUGGGUUUGACUGGGCCGCGGGGCCCUCGCUUCCGCUGGGCAUCACCGCGAGACCGGUUCGGCGCCCAGCAUUGGCCUCUGUGAACUCUGCUUCUCCAUGCAAGAAAACCCCAAGGAGGACUGACCAGUUCUUGAAUUUCUAAACCAUGGCCCAUGGAUCAGUGAUGUUCAGUGAUGUGUCCAUAGUCUUCUCUCAGGAGGAGUGGGAAUACCUGGACUUGGAACAGAGGGACUUGUACAGAGAUGUAAUGUUGGAGAACUACAGCAACUUGGUCUCAUUGGGACGCUUCAUUUCUAAACCAGAUGUAAUUUCCUUAUUGGAGCAAGGAAAAGAGCCCUGGAAAGUUGUGAGGAAAGGAAGACGACGAUAUCCAGAUUUGGAGACCCAGUAUGAGACCAGGAAGUUAUCUUCAGAAAAUGACAUUUAUGAAAUAAACUUAUCCCAGUGGAAGAUAAUGGAAAGAAUUAAAAACCAUGGCCUUAAGGACCUCAUUUUAAAAAAUGAUUGGGAGUCCAAAAGAAAAUUUGAAGGGCAAGAAGGAUAUUUCGGUCAAGUGAAAAUUACAUCUCAAAAAGUGUCCUCUUACCAGAAACGCACAUCUCUUACUCCGCAUCAGAGAAUUCAUUUUGUUGAGAAACCCUAUGAAUGUAAGGAAUGUGGGAAGGCCUUUAGAGUACGCCAACAACUUACUUUUCAUCACAGAAUUCAUACUGGUGAAAAGCCCUAUGAAUGUAAGGAAUGUGGGAUGGCCUUCAGACAAACUGCACACCUUACUCGACAUCAGAGACUUCAUUCUGGUGAAAAACUGUAUGAAUGUAAGGAAUGUGGAGAAUCUUUCAUAUGUGGCCCAGACCUUAGAGUACAUCAGAAAAUUCAUAUUGGUGAGAAGCCCUAUGAAUGUAAAGAAUGUGGGAAGGCCUUCAGAGUGCGUGGACAGCUUACUCUCCAUCAGAGGAUUCAUACUGGUGAGAAACCCUAUGUAUGUACAGAAUGUGGAAAGGCCUUUAGACAAUAUGCACACCUUACCCGACAUCAGAAACUUAAUAUUGCUGACAAACUCUAUGAAUGUAAAGAAUGUGGGAAGGCCUUUUUGUGUGGCUCUGGCCUAAGAGUACAUCACAAACUUCAUACUGGUGAGAAACCCUAUGAAUGUAAGGAAUGUGGGAAGGCUUUUAGAGUACGGCAACAGCUAACACUCCACCAGAGAAUUCAUACUGGUGAGAAACCCUAUGAAUGUAAGGAAUGUGGAAAGACCUUUAGUCGUGGUUAUCAUCUUAUUCUUCAUCACAGAAUUCAUACUGGUGAGAAACCUUAUGAAUGUAAGGAGUGCUGGAAGGCCUUUAGUCGUUACUCACAACUUAUUUCACAUCAGAGUAUUCAUAUUGGUGUUAAACCCUAUGACUGUAAGGAAUGUGGGAAGGCCUUUAGACUACUCUCACAACUUACACAACAUCAGAGUAUUCAUAUUGGUGAGAAGCCCUAUAAAUGUAAGGAAUGUGGGAAGGCCUUUAGGUUGCGCCAAAAACUUACUCUACAUCAGAGCAUUCAUACUGGUGAAAAACCCUUUGAAUGUAAGGAAUGUAGGAAGGCCUUUAGACUUAAUUCAUCCCUUAUUCAACAUCUGAGAAUUCAUUCUGGUGAGAAACCCUAUGAAUGUAAGGAAUGUAAGAAGGCCUUUAGACAACAUUCACACCUUACCCAUCAUCUGAAAAUUCAUAAUGUUAAAGGGAAAAAAGCUUAUAUUAACAUAAGUCAUUUGGGAGCUCUAAGGCACAGCUGGUUUCAUGCCUUCUUUUUCUUCUUCCAGCUCUGGCUUAUCAGGACUCUGCAGUCCUCCAACAGAGGAAUCUUGAGGACUGACCAGUUCUUGCAGUUUGAAACCAUGGCCCAUGGUUCAGUGACGUUCAGGGACGUGGCCAUAGACUUCUCACAGGAAGAAUGGGAAUUCCUGGACUCAGCUCAGAGGGACUUAUAUAGGGAUGUGAUGUGGGAGAAUUAUAGCAACUUCAUCUCACUAGCAGGACCUUUCAUUUCUAAACCAGACACAGUUACCUUAUUGGAUGAAGGGAAGGAGCCCUGGAUGGUUGUGAGGGAAGGGACAAGAAGACACUACCCUGAUUUGGAGUCCAGAUACAGGACCAAUACCUUAUCUCCAGAAAAGGACAUUUAUGAAAUAUAUUCAUUCCAAUGGGAGAUAAUGGAAAGAAUUAAAAGCUAUAGCCUUCAGGACUCCAUUUUUAGAAAUGAUUGGGAAUGCAAAAGCAAGAUUGAGGGGCAAAAGGAACCACAAGAGGGAUAUUUUGGGCAAGUGAAAAUUACUUCUGAAAAAAUGACCACUUACAAAAAGCAUAAUUUUCUUGCUGAGUAUCAGCGAGUUCAUAAUGGAGAAAAGUUAUAUGAAUGUAAGGAAUGUAGGAAGACCUUUAUUCGUCGUUCAACACUAAGUCAACACCUGAGAAUUCAUACUGGUGAGAAACCUUAUAAAUGUAAGGACUGUGGGCAGGCCUUUAGACAGCGUGCCCACCUUAUUCGACAUCACAAACUUCAUACUGGUGAGAAACCCUAUGAAUGUAAGGAAUGUGGGAAGGCCUUUACAGUGCUCCAAGAGCUUACUCAACAUCAGAGACUUCAUACUGGUGAAAAGCCCUAUGAAUGUAAGGAAUGUGGAAAGGCCUUUAGAGUACAUCAGCAACUUGCUCGACAUCAGAGAAUUCACACUGGUGAGAAACCCUAUGAAUGUAAGGCAUGUGGGAAGACCUUUAGGCAGUGUACACACCUUACUCGACAUCAGAGACUUCAUACUGCUGAGAAGCUCUAUGAAUGUAAGGAAUGUGGGAAAGGCUUCGUAUGUGGUCCAGACCUUAGAGUACAUCAGAAAAUUCAUUUUGGUGAGAAACCCUAUGAAUGUAAGGAAUGUGGAAAGGCUUUUAGAAUAUGCCAACAGCUUACUGUCCAUCAGAGUAUUCAUACUGGUGAGAAACCCUAUGAAUGUAAGGAAUGUGGGAAGACCUUUCGAUUAAGGCAACAACUUGUUCGCCAUCAGAGAAUUCAUACUCGUGAGAAACCCUACGAAUGUAUGGAAUGUUGGAAGACCUUUAGUAGUUACUCACAACUUAUUUCACAUCAGAGCAUUCAUAUUGGUGAGAGACCUUAUGAAUGUGAAGAAUGUGGUAAGGCCUUUAGACUGCUCUCACAACUUACUCAACAUCAGAGUAUUCAUACCGGUGAGAAACCUUAUGAAUGUAAGGAAUGUAGAAAACCUUUCAGACUGCUCUCACAACUUACUCAGCAUCAGAGCAUUCAUACUGGUGAGAAACCUUAUGAAUGUAAGGAAUGUGGGAAGGCUUUUAGACUUUAUUCAUUUCUUACUCAACACCAGAGAAUUCAUACUGGUGAGAAACCCUACAAAUGUAAGGAAUGUAAAAAGGCCUUUAGACAACAUUCACACCUUACUCAACAUCAGAAAAUUCAUAACGGAAUUUAAUAAAGCCUUCAAAUGUACAUUGUUACAGAACAUCAGAAAAUUCAUUUUUGAGAAUUGUUUAAUGCUCACAACUAAGCAUAAGAAAUUUUAUAUUACAGAAAAAAUAUGUUGCUUUAAAAGCCUUCCAUCACCGGUCAAACAUUAUUUAUCUUCAGCAAAUCCAUUUAAGAUGAUAAUAUAGUGAAUGUAGGAAAAUCUUUAGCCUUAUCUAUCAUUGUCUCUAUUUCACCACUUUAUUACCAGUGUGUUAUUGGACAAGGUACUUAAACUUCUCUGCCUCAUUUUGCUCACUUGUAAAAUGGUGAUAAUAGUACCUAUGUAUAUUAGUUAUUUAUUGCUGUGUAAUAAAUUACCACAAACGUAGUAGCUUAAAAUAAUACACAUUUAUUAUCUCACAAUUUCUAUGGGUCAGGAGUCUGGGCAUAACGUAGUUGGGUCCCCUGCUUCAGGGUCUCUCACAAGGCUAAAAUCAAGGUUUCCGUCAGGGCUGGAUCUCAUCUGAAGGCUUGACUGGGGAAGGGAUCCACUUCCAACCUUACAUGGUUGUUGGCUGAAGGCUGACCUCAUUCCUUGCCACCUGGGCCUCUUCAGCAUGGCUGCUUGCUUCAUUAAAGCUUAGAAGCCAAGAAAGCAGUAGAGUCUGCUAACAGCACAGAAGUUCUCUUCUUGUGUAAUCUGAUCACUCGAGUAACGUCAUCACCUAUGCUGUUUUCUGCUUAGAAGCAAGUUAAACUGCCCUACACUCAAGGGAAGAGGAUUACACAAGAGUAUGAAUACCAGGAGGCAGGGACCAUUGGGGGCCAAUUCAGAGUCAGCCUACCACAUUGUAUAAUAGGACUGUUGUAAGGAAUAAGUAGUUAAUACUUGGAAAAUAGCAGCCACAUAGCAUGUUUUCUGUAAAUAUUAUCUACAGUUGUUAUUAUCAUCGUUACUAUUAGUGAAUUCGUAUGAAAGGAAUAUCCUAUAGAAGUAAUAAAUGUAGAAAUGCCUCCUGUCACUGCUCAGCACUUACUAAACUUAAGAUAAUUUAUUCUGGAUAAAAUCGAGAGGUUAUAUUGAAGUGAGAAGUUCUUCAUCACUUAAGUUGCAUUAGAAAUUUUAUGCUGAAAAGAAGCAUUAUGUGAGUGUCAUGAAUGUGAGGUUGAUAAGAGUACAACUGUUGAAGAAUCAAAGAGAAAUAUGAAAUUAUUUUCACAUAAUAAAUUCCAAAAAGUAAAUAUUUUAUAAUUCCUAUUGUCUGACCGCUGUUCAAGAUUAAUUAGAAACUGUCAAGAACAUGGCAGAAAGGAAACUAACCACUUGGAAAUUUAAUAUUGUGUGUGUGCGUGUUCGUGUGUGUGUGUAAAAUUCUUGUAUAAAAGAAAGAAAACGUCAUUCCAUUUCAGUCAGUAUAUUUUUUGAUGCUCAAAUCGCCUCAUCUUCAGCCAGUGGGAGUUGGGUCUCUUGACGUGACUCCGAUAGUAGUUUGAUAGUUUGCUUGGUUAUGGCUGCACAAUUUGCUCAGACAUGGAAGAUGUUUGGGCACCAAUUCAUUCCAAAAUCUAUAAAUAAGAGGAAAAAUAAGCAUUUAUUUUGCUUUUCCCAUGUGAACCAAGUUUCAGGGCCACCAAAAGCUCAUAGAAUUAAAGUGUGUAUGUGUUUUUUUAAUUUAAGAAAUCUAACCAGUAAAUACAGAAAGAUUGAUAGGAUUAGAAAAAUCUUUCUAGUUCCCUAAUGGAAUAAUGGCCCAGAAAAUGACCUUCAAUGGAUAGUAAAACUAUUAGGUGAAAGAUUUUUAUAGUGAGAACUUUAUAGUGGAUUUAUCAAGCUGACCAUCUCUGAACUCUUUGAUCAAUUUUAACCUCUAUAAAAGCGGGACUAUCAGACAAUAUGCACCUCCUGAUAUAAUGCAUAGGAAAUACACACCACUGCCUAUGAAGCUUUAUUGCCAAAAUAAUGACUGAAGGAAUCAAACCUUUAAAUCAAAUUCUUUAAAACUAAGAAUUUGGGGAAUAGAUGAAUGGAGUUAAUGGCACCACAAGGAAGCAGCCAAGCAGAUCCAGAAUGUGUAAAAUUCUAGAAAACAAGUGACCUGAUUUCUUCAACUAAUGAAUGGCAUGAAAAAGAAAAGAAGGGCAACUGUUAACAGAUUAAAAGAGACUUGAGAGACAUCACUUAAAUUCAAUAUGUAGGCAUUACUCGGACCUGUGUAUAAAGACAUUCUGGAGACAGUGGGGGAAACAUGGACGUGCAUUGAAUUUUCGGUGAUAUUUAGAAAUAUUAAUUUUGUUAGGGAUGAUAAUAUCAGUGUGGUUAUUAAAAAAGAAAAGAUCGUGUGUUAGAGAUACAUACUUACAUAUUUACGAAAUGAUAAGAUAUCCAGAUUUGCAUUACAAUACUCCAGCAAGAGAAAACGAAUUGGCAAAGAGCCGGGAAGUAGAUGUUGAUAAUUACUGAAGUGGAGCGGUUUGUUUGUGGGGUUCAUUGUUCUAAUAUUUGUACUUUUUUAUGUAUUCGAAAGUUUCAAUAAUAAAGUUUAAAAUCAAAACUGAAAUUACAGACUACUUAGAAAUGAUUGUUAAUGAGAUGCCUGCAUAUCUGAACUUGUCAGAUGUCACCAAAGUUCUAUUCAGUGGGAAAUGAAUGCCCUUUAAUGCAUUAAUGCGUUAAGGAAACUUGGUGGGCCGUCUUCACCUUCUUCACUUAUCUGCAGCAGUCAGCACUGGACCUCUCAGAUAGAUAAAUGUGUUAAAGGAAUGAAUAAGCGUUUAUGUCAAGAAACCAGAAACAGAACAAAAUAAAACCAACACAAGAGAAGCAAAGUACAAUUAAAUGGAGAAAUUAAGAGUCUAGACAAUGGUAGACUUAAUCCAAUGUUAAUGACUAUAUUUUGGCAGAUCUAAUCAAGGGGAAAAGUGCAAGAUAAUACAUUUAGAGCAUUAGCAACGAUAAAAGUGACAUAACUAGAGACUACUAAGGAAAUUUUGUUUUAAUUAUGAGGUAAUACUAUAUGUAUGUACUAUAUAUAUUCCAAUACAUGUAAAAAUAUAGAGGGAUUACAUUUCUUUCUACAAGAAUGUGUUACUACAACUGACUGCUGUAGAACCCAAAUAGACCGACAAACAAAUGUGUGUGUAUGAAGUUCUUGUUUAAGAAAAAAAAUCUGAUAGUUGUAGCCUUAAGAAAUAGAUAAUCCUUAACAAGAUUUUACCAAUUAAUUUUACACAGCUAAAAUAAUCCUGAUACAAAAAUGGGUGAAGAUAGCUCCUAAAAGGCAAAAUGUAGACCAGCUUCCUUUAUGAAAAUUCUAUUCUUCAUAUUUCUAAAGAAAAUAGAUUUAGAAUUUAUUUUGAAGUCAGUCUUCACUAAUAGGUCAGUGUGUUGCCUUUCCCAAGUAGCAGAUAUCCCAGGAGACCUGUGUUUAACAUGGCAGAGGGCCGUGACCUGACAUUUUCCACAAGUUUGCUUCAGGGAAUACUAGUCCUUGAGGAUAUUUGAAAAAAACGAUUUUUUGGGAAAAAGUGUAAAUGAAGCAAAGCACAAAAAAUCUACUUUUGGGGAAAUCCAAGUCCACAUUAUCAGCUUGUCAAAGGAUGUAGCAAAGAAAUUUAUCUUUAAGAGUGUAUCUCAAACUUACUUCACUGUGGAAUUCUCACUCCAAGUCUCUCUUAACGCCGUUAGAAUGUGAAGCACUUGGGUAGGAUGUGAAGCACUUGGGUAGGAUGUGAAGCACUUGGGUAGAAUGUGAAGCACUAUGGUUUGCUACCAUAACCGCAACGAAUGUCUUCCAGGACGUCGUUUCAGACAGUGUGGUGAGUGAGUGUGUUGGGAAGGGGUGAGGAAGGGCACUUGCCAUUGCAGCUCACAUCCUACUCUGAAGCAGCUUCCCACUUUUCUCUAGAAUGGAAUAAAUUCUAGCCUGGUCCUUGAUAAUGUGUAUACUGAACAUGCUGAAAUAUUCUAUUAAACACUGAUUAGGUCAUAAACGACUUUUCAUUGUAAUAAAAAUGCUGUGUUGAAU